GCGGUGAGCCGAGCGCGGCCUGAGCCGCGUCCGGAAGUUGCCGAGGCUAGUGCGGAAGGUGCCGAGCGGGUCCGGAAGCCGCCGGAGCGGGCGGAGGGAAGGCAGCGGCGCCACACAAGAUGGCGGACGGGGAGGAGGUGACUCUGGACGGGAGGCCGCUCCACAUGCUGCGCGUCGCAGACCUCAAGGCGGCUCUGGAGCAGCGCGGUCUGGCCAAGAGCGGCCAGAAGAGCGCGCUGGUCAAGCGGCUGCGCGGGGCACUGAUGCUCGAGAACCUCCAGAAGCAUUCAACACCACACACCACCUUCCAGCCCAACUCGCAGAUUGGUGAGGAGAUGAGCCAGAACAGUUUCAUCAAGCAAUACCUGGAGAAGCAGCAGGAGCUGCUACAGCAGCGGCUGGAGCGAGAGGCAAGGGAGGCAGCUGAGCUGGAGGGUAAAGCCUGUUCCAUUUCCCACGAGAGGGAAGACUCUGACGAGGACGGCGCCAGGCGCCAGGAGCGUCGCUCCACCCGGGUGAAGCAGGCCCGCGCUGCUAAGCUCCCGGAGAGUGCCCAGGCCGGGGGCCGGGAUGAGCGAGAGGUGCCCCCCAGGGGUCGGCGGGGUGCAGCCCGACCAUCUGUCAAGGCAGCCACUGAGGAAGAUGAGGAGGAGGAGGAGGAGGAAGAAGAGGAGGAAGAGGAGGAGGAUGUCAAGGAACAGCCCAGGGCCCUGGCCCCUGUGCAACAAAGUGGGGCGGCUAGUCUGGGAGUGCCCCCAGAGACCGGAGACCUGCCAGCCCCAGCCCUAUCUGCAUCGCCUCAGCUGCCGGACCGGGCUGCCUCUCCUAUCCCUGUCCCCCUAGAACCAGCUAUUUUCAGCUCCUCAGGGCUUCAGGAAACGGGGCAGCCUGUUGCCUCAGAACCAGAGGGGGCCCCAUUGGCAGGGCUGCCUGACACAGGUGUAACCAGCCCUAGUCCCCCUGAGCUCCCCGAGAGCAGAGCAGUGCCAGCCCCCCAGGAGCCAGGGGCACCCCCAUCCCCAGGCCCCCAAGAGAUGGAGGUGGCUGGUUCCCCGAUGACCCAGACCCAGGCUUCCCCUGUGGGGCCAGUCGUGGCCCCCAGCCCAGGCUGUGAGGUGGUGAAGGAAGCCAGGCUCCAGGAUGGGAAGAAGGUCCCUGAGGAAAAGAGCCUAGAGGGCCCCCCUGAAAACCUAGCAGAAGAGGGGUCAUCCAUCCCUGCCCCCGUAUCCACACCCAUCCUCUUGCUGGAGGCAAGAGGGUCCCCGUCACCCCCCCGGCUCACAGAAGGAGCAUCACAGCUGGCCACCCCUGGGGAAGAAGAGCCCCCUCCCCCACUCUUGACCAAGGAGCCCCCUGCCACUCAGGAACGGCUGUUGGGGAACCCCGGCAUCAGGGAUGGCUCGCCCUCCCCGCCCCCCCGGCGCCGACGGAGAACCCGCUCAGAGUCCUCAUCCUCCUCAGACUCCGCCUCCUCGCGGGCCAGCUCAGCAUCUCGCUCCCGGUCCCGAUCUCACUCCAGCAGCAGCAGGAAGUCCCAGAGCCCCAUCGCCUCCGGUGUCAGCACCAGCUCCCCACACACCAAAGAACCCUCCCUGCUGGGACACAGCCAGAAGUUGGGGAGUCCUGGGCCGGAGGGGGGCCCAGCUCCCCACGGACCACCCAGCCAGGCCCAGCACCACAGCCCGGACUCAGAGAGGGGCAGCCCGGGGACACCCAGCUCCUCUUGGCCGGGGGGCUCCACUGGGGACGGCCCCGGGGGGGGGUCCGAGCACCCGUCAGAGCAGAGGCAGCACGAGAAUGAGGAGCAGGGGCUGCCUAUGGCGACCGAACACCUACUGCUGCUGCUUGUUUCCAGCCCAGCUUGGACAGGACUAGCUUUGGAAGGCUCCUUACCGUUUCCUGCAGCCCCUGGGGUCUCCUCCAUCCUCUGGGGAUCUCCAUCGCUUAGCUCAGCCCAGCCCAAGGCCUUCAAGAGGAAGAUCUCCGUCGUCUCGGCUGCCAAGGGGGCGGCAUCAGGGAACAGCGACACAGAGGGCGGCCAGCCUGGGGGGCGCAAGCGGCGCUGGGGGGCCAGCACAGCCAGCACCCAGAAGAAGCCAUCCAUCAGCAUCACCACCGAGUCGCUCAAGAGCCUAAUCCCCGAGAUGAAGCCAGCUGCAGGGCAGGAGGCUGUGGUGGAUCUGCAUGCUGACGACUCCCACAUUUCAGAGGAUGAGGGCGACCGUCAUGGGGAACCGGCCCCCCAUGACAAGGGCCUCAAGAUCUGCCGCACUGUCACGCAGGUGGUGCCAGCUGAGGGGCAGGAGAAUGGGCAGGGUGAGGAGGAAGAGGAAGAGAAGGAGCCAGAGGAAGAACAGGCUGAGGCCCCACAGGCUACAGUAGAGUCGGCACUGCCCCCACCUAUUGAGCAUGAGGUCAAAAAAGUGACACUGACCGACACGCUGACCCGUCGCUCCAUCAGCCAGCAGCGCCUGGGUGUCUCCAUCACCAUUGACGACCCUGUGCGCACAGCCCAGUUCCCCUCGCCGCCCCGCGCCAAGCCCAGCCACAUUGUCCACAUCUGUAACCUGGUGCGUCCCUUCACCCUGGGCCAGCUGAAAGAGCUCCUCAGCCGGACGGGGACACUGGUAGAAGAAGGGUUCUGGAUUGACAAGAUCAAGUCGCACUGCUACGUCACGUACUCCACCCUGGAGGAGGCUGUGUUGACCCGCAACUCCCUCCAUGGGGUGAAGUGGCCACAGUCCAACCCCAAAUUCCUCUCUGCUGACUUUGCCGAACAGGAUGAGCUGGACUUCCACCGGGGGCUGCUGGCAGAGCGGCCAGCAGAAGCCAAAGCAGAGGAGGCCGGGAUGCCAGGGGCAGGGCCCCCCCGGGGCACGCGGGAGCCCCCCGGGACAGGCACGAGCACAGCUUCAGCACGGCGCUCAGCCCCACAGGAGCCAGAGCGGGCAGUGCGAGAGCAGUGGGCAGAGCGGGAGCGAGAGAUGGAGCGGCGGGAGCGCACGCGGGCCGAGCGCGAAUGGGACCGCGACAAGGUGCGUGAGGGGCCACGCUCCCGGUCCCGGUCCCGCGAGCACCGUCGCAAGGAGCGCCCAAAGUCCAAGGAGAAGAAGGGCGAGAAGAAAGAGAAGCCCCCUGAGGAGCCUCCUGCCAAGCUGCUGGACGACCUCUUCCGCAAGACCAAGGCAGCUCCCUGUAUCUACUGGCUGCCCCUGACAGACACCCAGUUUGUGCAGAAGCAGGCAGAGCGGGCGGCACGGGCACGUGAACGGGAGCGACGCCGCAAGGAGCAGGAGGAGGAGGAGCAGCGGCAGCGAGAGCGCAGCCGCCAGGCUGAGCGGGAGAGGGAGCGAGAGCGCGAGAAGCGGCGAGAGCACAGCCGGGAGCGGGGAGCUGGCGGGGAGCGAAGGCCCCGAGCCCGGCGGACCCCCAAGCGGCACAGUCCCAGCGGUAGCCGCAGCACCCCGGUGCGGGACCGUGGGGGGCGCCGCUGAGACCUCCCCAAACGCCCAUCCCCGUGCCUAGCCCCAGGGAGGGGAGCUGGGAGGGGGUGGCCCUAGCCCCCUCACUCAGUUGCGGGCUGCUGGGUGUGGCUGGCCCUGUGCCUGCCCCUACCCCCAGAUCUUGCCCCAGGACAGGCCCCAUCUUGGGGCAUUCCCUCCUCCCCCCCAUUUGCCUCUCCCCCAUCUGGGGGGCAGCCAUGGGCUCCCCUCCACCUUAAUUUGUAUUUUAUUUUGGGAAAAGACAAAUGUUUUUGUUUUUUGGGGGGUUUAUUUUGUUGGGUUUUUUUAUUUUUAUUCUGCUGUCGCUGGAAAUGAGAUAAAUAAAGAGUUGGCGUUAGUUUCAUACGUGGGGGGUACGGGU